GCAGCGGCGGCAGCGCAGCAGCAGCACAGCAGCAGCACAGCAGCAGCAGCACCCAAGGGGUGGCUGCAGGGAACAAAGGCAGCGUCCGGCUCUGCCACUCAGCUUUACAAUUGAGCAUAUUUUCAAGGGCUCCAACAAGCGCGCGCUGCGUUUCAAUUUAAAUUAUUGGAGAUGCUGAAUGUGGUCAAUAUUUUCAAUAGGUGUUCCAAAAUCAUUGGACUAUAAGUCACAAAGUUACAAUGGACCCGAACAGGCAUAACGAAUAUCAAACGCAUCAUCAUCAAACUCCCCACCCACUGCAGCACCUGCAGCAUCAGCAUGCGCAUGCGUAUCCACAACAUGCGGUGCAUAACCACAUACACCACCAACAACAGCAGCAACAACAGCAACAACAACAACCACCUGCAGCAGCACCACAACAACAACAACAACAGCAGCAGCAACACCUGCCACCUCAUCCGCAUUACCAACCGAGUCAACAGUCAAUCAAUUACCACAGCGCACAGCCAGCGGAUGCGGAACGCUCCCGUGCCGCCAUUUAUGUGAUGGGUGGACGUGCCGGAGGUGGAGGUGGAGGUGGUGCUAGCGGUGCUGCUGGUGGAGCAGCAGCAUCUGUUAUGCCGCCAACAGGUGCUGCUGCCUCGACAUCUGGUGGCGAUCCUCAUUUGCAAUAUUACACCUCCAACCGCGAACUGAGUGUCGGCAAGAGGUCCGUCGAGGCGACACCUCCACAUCCCUGCUGGCAGUACAAGACGGUGCAUGUCGGUGCCUCCAGCCAGCCAACUGGCGCUGCGCCCGUGCCGCGCCACCACAGCAGCACGCUCUACAACGCGCCCUACUGGCCGCCGCAGGAUGAGAAGCAGCAGCCGCAGCAGCAGUCGCAGUCGCACUUGGUGCAUCCGCAGCAGCAGCCGCGUUUGGGCUACGGCAAGUCGCAUGGCACAAGUGCAAUCAGCAGCAGCGGGAGCGGGAAUGGAAGCCAGCGCUACUACGAGGACAGCGGUAAAUACUCGGCGACAGUUGCGGGUGCCAAGCUGGUCGGCUAUGCGCCCGAGGCAGCCGCUCGCUACGAGCCAAUGGAUCAUGUGGUGAAUCCCAGCAACGCGUUGCUGGGCACCACGGAUCAGCAGCCUAGUCCCAACUAUGCGCGCAAGUGUCCGCAACACUACGAGCCGCCAACCGAGCAGCGCAGCGCUGCGGCACCUUCAACCAUCAAUCAUCAUCUGACGCCUGCGCAGCCUGCACAGCCUCCACAACAACCGCAGCAGCAGCAUCAGAGUCUGUACAUGCCACCGAAUUUUCAAAAUACCGUGCACAAUGCCAUUGAAAAGUAUGUGCGAGAGACGGCGCCGGCGCCCAAUUUGGAUUACAGACGCACAGGCGCCAGCUUCCCACGGCCCACAGUCAAUUAUUAUGCUGCAACAGGUGGCAGCGGCAGCGGCAGCAGCAGCAGCGUUGCAAGCGCCAAAUUGGAGCCAGAGCCGCCAGCUCUGACGCGUGCAUCGCUCUAUCAUAAUCCCUACAGCAAUCCGGCCUCCCGUCUGGAGCAGGAGCAGUCGUCGGCCGUGGGUGUUGCGGUCAGUUCACGUGAUCCGUCGCCUGCCCUGGCGCAUGCCUAUCCCACCAAGUACGGCAAGCUAUUGCCGCAGCAGCAGCAUGGCACGCCGACGGCAACGGCGCCGCCGCCGCCGCCGCUUCCAUUGUCCGCAGACGUACAAAGACGCAGUUCCUUUAGCUCGACGCCCAGCUAUGCCUCGUAUUAUCAUCAUGGCACGCCGUCCCCGGCCGCUGCCCAGGUGGCCUCGCCCACGCCGGCCCAGCAGCUGUACAAUCACACGCCGCCGCCCACGAGCGGCACAGCAACCGCCUCGAAUUACUCCACGCUGCAGGUGUAUCCGCACGGGCCGGACAUCUGCUGCCAGCCGCCGCCGCCGUCGGUGACUGCCAAAUCAGCUCUGCCGUCGGCUGCCAAGAAGAGCGCUGCCACCGUGAAGCCCAACUAUCGGGCGCUGAUCAACGACAUGCUCAAGCGCAACACGGCCAGCGAGCAGGAGCUCAAUCUGCAGAUUAUCAAGAAGACGCUGAAAAUGGAGACGGCGGAAAGUCGUCUAGCCGCAACUUCCGCCCGCCACUCGCCAGUCACAAUUACAGUUCCUUCUUUACCUGCGCCCGUUAUACAACAGGUGCCACUGCCACAGGUGCAGCCGCAGCCUAUGCCGUUGCCGUUGCCCAACCCGCCUGCCGCCCACUCACCGCUGGACCUGUCCAUGCGCACAAUCAAACAGACCGCCGACUCCACAGACUACAAAUAUCAGCGCACGCUGACGGAGUCGACGGCCACGGCCACGCCACAGGUGCCGGGCACAGGUCUGGGUCUGCCUCGCUUUGAUAUAACGCCAAACUUUGCGCGCAGCAACCGAACUGCGCCCGGCACGCCGGCAGCGGCGACGGCUGUGAUACGCCAGGCGCCGGCGAGCACCGCUGCGGCGGCGGCAGCUGCCGUGGCUGCCUCACCUGAGGCCACGCCCAUGCUGAUCAAGGCGGCGCAGCAGCUGCGUCCAAGCGUGCUGGAAACGAAUCCCUUUGCCAAGCGACCGCAACUGCCACCUGAGACGAGCAUCAGGCCGUUGCCCACGCCCAGCACAACCGAAGCAGGCACGAGCACGGCGGGCACAGCGAGUGCCCACAACAGCAGCAACCCCAACUAUCUGGGCCGCAAGCGGCAUCUGCAGGAGUACAAUCAGGCGACGGCUGCGGCGGCGGCAGCAGCUGCUGCGGCAACAGCUGCGGCGGCAGCCAAGCAAACCCGGCUGGAAGCGCCUCCAGCAACUGGCAUGGUCGCCGCCUCUGUGCCGGUCAUAGCCGUCAAUGAGCAGGCCGCGGUCGCUAAGAGGUUGGAGCAGACGUCGGGUAGCCGCAUCAUCGUAUGUCCACAGCCCAAACAGGAACCGAUGCUGGUGCCGAAGACGGAGCCACGCAUACGCACCAAGGCGGAGCUGAAAGGAUUCACUUUCACGCCGCCGGUGCUGGCUCUUGCUAGCUCGACAACAACAACGACUCCCGUUGCACCAACUGGAGCUGCUGAAUCCACAGCAGCUCCAGCAGCUGCUCUACCAUCUGCGCCACAUCCCAGUCAGCAGACAAAUCACAUACAAAUCAAAUUGGAGCCGGCGCCCACGCCUGAGCUCGAACUGGAGGAUGCCAGCGCGACGAGCUUCAACAGCAACAGCCUCCUGGACUGGGGCAGCACCUGCAACAAUCUCGUCGAGCAGCUGCUGACCAAAGUGAUGCCCGUCAAGACAAACUCCGUCCAAUUAGCGACGUCAGCCAACGAAAGCGUUGCGUCUGCCAUUCUGCCCACCAGCCGCAUCAAGCUGGAGCUGAGCGAGGAUGAUCUGCCCGUGGCGCGCAUACUCAAGCGUCAGCCGUUGCCGGCGGAUGCCGAGUCGGCGGCAACAACAACCACACAGGUGACCAAUACGACGACCACAAAUGGCAACGUGUUCGGCGGAGCCCAGAAGAAGAUGAGCAAGUCGGACCGCGAGAAGAAGCGACUGAUGCAGGAGCAGCGCAUUGCGGCACGUCUGGCCCCAACGGCGGGCCAGAGCAGCAGCUCCGAGAGCGACACCACGGAGCUGCACAAGCGCAAGACGGCCAGGCAGAAGAAGCCGCUGAUGCGCAAGGGCAAACCGCGUCGCACAGACGAAAAGGAGAAGCAACUGCAGCAGCGGGAGCAGCAGAGCAGCGACGAGGAGCAGGAGCAGGACGGAGCCAACAGUUCAAGCGAGGCAAAGAGCUGCAUGAAGAACCUGGUGAAGAAGACGAGGAUAGCCACGGCUAAGGAAAACAAAGUGCAAUAUACAAGUGGAAAGUGCAAAAAGAAGAUGGGCGAAAAGCAACGCGAGAAGGAGCAGGAACAGGAGCUGGAGCAGGAUGAGAAGAGCAGCUCGAGCAAGGCCAGCAAUAGCGAUGAGGAGCAGCAACAGCAGCAGGAGGAGCAAGACGAUGAGGAUGAAGAGGACGAAGAGGAUGACGACGACGAGGAAGAGGAAGAGGACGCCAGAGAAGGGAAUCAAGCCAAGCGCAAGCCAAAAACCUCAUUAAAAACUCGCAUCGCACCAAACACCAUGACCAGAUCCAAGCGGAAAAAGGAACUGGAGCUGCAGCUGGCCAACAGCAAGGUUCUGCGCAACGAGAAAAUCAUACGGAACUCAACGACAAAGAUCAAGCGCAAAUAUGUGCGUAAACUGGUGCCCGAUGCCAAGAAGGAAAUGAUGAUCACGCGGCUGCGCAACAAGCGUGACUCGGUCGUCGAUCUGGCCCAGCUGAAUGGACGCAAGUUGAAGGGCAAUACCAAGUCUGGGACGACCAACAACAACAGCAGCAAAGCUAAUCCCUCGCCGCAGCAGCAGCUAUUUCUGGAGGAAUACCGCUAUAAGCUGGCGCUGAAGAUACCCCAACGCUUGAUCUCCAUCAACAAGCUGAACAAGCUGCCGCACGUGGCCGCCUCGUUGCCGGAUCUGGAGCGCGGGCGUCAUCUCACGCAAGAAAUGGCCUGCUUCAAGUCCACGCGAGGCCGCAAGCCGCGCUCCAAGCUGCAACAACAGCAAUCGCAGCAACAGCAGCAGCAGAAGGCGACGCCCAAGUCCAUCAUCGAUGUGCUGCAUCUGCGCGUCACCAGCAAUGGCAGCCAGCAACUCAGCAAGAAUGGCACCUCGCAGCUGUCCAACUGCGCCACGAGUCUGCAGAACUAUAGCGAAGCCUCGCAGACCUCCGCCUCGAAUUCGCUGUACGAGCAGCUGCAGGAGACGACGGAGCACAGUCUGGAGGACAGCACGGGCAAGCGGCACUUUAGCAUCUUCGAUACGAAGGUGCUGCAGAGCAAGACGCGCACGGAGUCCAAGCUGCAGCAGCGCCGCGAGAUCAUACGGGAGAUCUUUGUGGGCACGGAGCGUCCGGCCUCGGCGCCGCCGGAGUGUGCACAGCAGCAGGCGGCGGGCGAGGGUGAGGGCUCCACGUUGAGCUACCAGCAGUACGAGGACUUUCUAGAGCAAAUGAAUUGCAUUGUCAGCGCCGACAAUAACAAGCUGGCCAGGCACAGACACAACGAUGAGUCCAAGAAGAAGACUGAUACGCCCGGCAUUGCCACAACUGCCGCACACUGUCCGCACAAGCGCAAGUAUCUGCGGCGCAAGGGCAGCUCCGGCUUUGACUAUAUACGCAAGAAGAAGAGACCCACGCAUCACCACAACAACACCAGCACGAGCACCACCAUCACGAGUACGCCCAAUGCCACGGCCGGGGAGCAAGCGACGCCCAGUCUUGGCGCCUCCUUCGCGGCCAUGGACGCGGCGGAGUCGGCGGCGGCUGAUGAACGUCUCGAUGAUACGGACAGCACCAUAGCGGGCAGCAGCUCCCAUUUGCCGAUCAAGAUCAAAACCGAAAUGGAUGUGUACCGGGAGAUACAGAAAUGGGUGCUCAACAAGGGCGUCGGCCAGAGCACCAUGCACAAGGCGGCGCGUCAGGGACUCAUUGAUGUGGUUGUCUAUUGCCUGGAUCGCAUGGGCAUGAAUCCGGAUCUGAAGGACAAUGCCGGCUAUACGCCGCUGCACGAGGCCUGCACCCAGGGUUGGCUAGAGAUUGCCCGGAUUCUGUUGCAGUUCGGUGCCAAUCACUCGGAAGCCGCCCAAUCUGGCAUUCGACCACUGCACGGCGCCAUCGAGAAUGACCACGAGGAGGUGGUGCGUCUACUAUUAUCCUAUGGCGCUGAUCCGUUGCUGGCAACGUACUCAGGCCAAACCCCACUCAUGUUAGCUUCAAGCAAAUUGAUGUGCGGCAUCUUGAGCUCUCACCUCAGCGAUGCACAAAGUGCGGCCGCUGACAUAAAACCAAUGCGAUUUCCGGGACCCUGGCAGAUAUUUGAUAAGAAGGAAAACGGUUUUGAUAUAUUCGAUAAUGUACCGAAUACAGCAUGUGAUAUGAGCAGAGCUCAACCUAGAGGAAGGCGAAGGCAAGAACGCGGACCUGACGACAACGAGAAUCCGGCAAAGCCCAAGACCCACAGUACCAACAACAACAGCAACAACCACAACAACAACAACAACAACAAUAUGAACGGACUAGCACGGGAAGGUGGUGAGGAGAGUAAAGAGACAGUUAAACAAAAUGGGGAGAUGAGCGCAAAGACUGCUACAAAACCAAUAACAACAACAACAACAACAACAACAACAACAGCAACAGCAACAACAAUAGGCACAGCAACAAAAUCGGAAACAACAGCGACUACGGUGAAAAUGGAGCCGGGUGCGGGCUUUGAGGAUACAAACAACAACAAAAACAAUGAUAUUAACGUUGAGCAAAAUGUAACGAGCGUUGUGAAUGGCAAUGAGGUUAAACGGGAACCACAAGACGAGGACGACAAUUUGAAUAUGAAUACAAAUAUGAAUGUGAAUGUGAAGCAUAAUGAUCACAUUGAUAGCAUUGAUAACGAUAAUGAUAAUGAUGAUGACGAGGACGAAGAGACGUUGGCGGACGAAUUGAACGGUGAUAUUUUUAAAUUUGAAGAGGCCGAUGUGCCCUUGCCACCACUGUACUUGCUCAAAGACGAGGGCAGUGAUAAAUGGGUACUCUUAAAUGAUUUGUGCAAUUUACUUAAGGUUAAAUCAAAGGAUACGCUGCUUAACAAGAUCUGCCCGAAUGGCCAGGCCCUGGCCAGCACACAGAAGCAGCUGCUGCGGGAGUUCAAAAUCGAUGACUUCCUGGAGCAGGCGACGUGCCUGCAGCUGCUGUGCGCCGGCGAGAAGCUGAACAUGUUCAGCUCCUCGAAGGUUGUGCUCAUCAGAUACAACGACAGCGUCAAGAACUUGUUGGGCGUUAAAACAAUUUUAAUGAAAUUUUAGAACGAGUAUGUCGUGAAUUUUAAGGCAUUAGAGAAUACAUGAUAAUGCACUAACUAUUAGAGUGUGUGUCUACAUAUAUAUAUAUAUAUAAAUAAUACUAAUAGUAUAGAGUUUAUAUAUAUAUAUAUAUAUUUUAGCCGAUAAUUUUAGUGGUCAGUUUUACGUCUUUGUCUUUGGAAGACAGUCUUUUAUAAAAAAAAAAAAACAAUUAGAACUAAGUGCAAAGUGAUACAAAGGUGCUAUACCCACACAUUCAAAAAGAGGACAGAAUAUUAUAAAAAAAAGAGAGAAGGACAAACAAGAAGUAUGAAAAAAGCAACGCAAAUCGGUCGAUGCCAGGUUUUGGCAGUCGGAGAGCACCCGAUAAAUCAGCUAAUCGAAAUCUAAUAUACCUAGGCCUAAUUGUGUAAUGUAAUCUAUGGUUUUUAACGAAACAAGCUAGCAAAAAAACAAAACAAAAACAAAACAAAAUAAUAAUUUAGAUAUUAAUUAACGAAAAUAUAAAAGAAUAGUCUUAAGUAAAGCAACAAAGGUGUAUUUAUGUAUUAUGUAUUUUUAAAUGAA